AUGUCGUUUACGAGCGCUUCCCGACCCAAACAACGCCCCCCUGCCGGACAAAUCAUCCUAGCUCUCACUCGAAAGUCGUCUCUACCACCUUUCCCCCCAAAUAUCGGGUUUACAAGCCCUGCCAAGCAUGUCCUCAUCCGCUCGUGUCUUCUUUUCCUCCAAGGCCCCCAAACUUUUUCAUCUUGUCGUCCUCCCUCUUCCAAAACCAGGCGACUUCGCUAUCGACAUCAAGGACCUACUAGUACCAACGGAAAGCAAAGCCACCAAGAGGUGGUGAACGGCGCUCAAGCGGGGUCUGCAGGCGCAGAAGCUGUCAUGGUCGUUGCAAAGAGAGAGGAGAAUGUGGUUGUGGAGCGCGUGAACGAAAGACGAGGAACUCGUACUUAUUACAGCCGUGUACCUACGUUGCCAUUCUCCUCGUCAACACAUACAUCGCGUUCCUCCACGCCAAUUAGCCCCGGGUUCAAAGCGUCUGCUUAUUCAUCGUCUCCAAUCUCCUCUGUCGAGAAAAUCCCACAAAACGACCCCCACAGGGACCUCCCUUUCGUCCUUGAAUUCUGGAUCCGGCUUCAAACGCAAAGGGCUGCCGACUGA